AUGUUACGGUCUUUCACUUCCCUUAGAAGAGAAGUCCGCCAGCCGAUAGUGUCCUCAGUGUCUCGCAAUGGUGCAAGACUAGGAAAACCAAAUCCAAUGCGGAUCCGACAGCGACCUACUCGACAUUUCUCGGCUAGUAAUAAGCCCGGAAUUUCGCCUAGAGAGGAGCACGAACGGAGGGUUGCUGCUGCCCAGGCGUUAGCUGAGGAACGCAGACGAAAUAAUCGACAUGAUCAAGAAAAGUUGCCACAAAUCCAGCAACAGAAGGCAGAAGCUCGUCGGCUGGAAAAACAGAAGAAACACAGGGAACAUACAGUGGUCAGCGCAGUAUCACAUUGGUUGGCCAAGGACACUUCAUUUUUUGCCACAACAAUGGAUGCUCUGAACAUCAAUGCUCAGUCGGCUCCUCUUUCCACUGACCCUGAAGCAACCAGCAACAAGAACCACCCCAUGCAAAUUUUGUGGGUUCAGUACAAGCAGCUAUACUACGAGUCUAUUCCUGCUUUUCGAGAGCAAAUGGAAGGAACUGCGCGCAAAAUAAAUUUCGAUUUCGCAGAAGAUAUAAAGGCAUUGGAAGAAGCGGGAUUUGGAGACCCAGCUUGGGGCAAGAAGUACCGCCAAGUCCGUGGAUAUCGAGUUCGAAACCAGGACAUGACAAGGCACAGAGAGAAAAUUGAAUCAGAGCUGCAAGGACAAAGGCAGCUAAUGCAGAAGGCCAAGACUGAACUAGCACGUUUGAGACAGGAACUUGAGAUGAUUCACGAGACACAGAAACGUCGACUGCUGCAACAGAAGGAAGCCAUCAGAGAAGCAUCGGCUCCUCCUCCAAAAAAGGACGAAUCAUUCUUUUCUCAGGCGCUGGCCAUGAUGUCGGACAUUUUCUCGAGUAAGGAGGAAGUAGAUGAAGAUACCGCCAGAUCAAAACGUCUGGAAGAAAUCAAGGCCAGAAUAAAAAUACCAAAGACUUCAAGAAUGGAGAAUCGAAUCAGCCGAAAAGUGGCAGCACUUGAACAGCUACAAAGCGAGAUUGAUCUUGCCGCAGCAGAAGCAAAAAGGAUUAAAAACCGUCAGAAUCGACGACCUCCACCAAUGCCUGAUACUGAAUACGAUACUGCAAACAAGAUUGUCGAGCAAGUACGAUCAUCGAUUUGUGGAAAACUUGCUGAGCACAUUCGUCAACGUCACGAGAAGCUGAUCUUACAAUUCCAGACAUUAGACUCAAAGACAGACUUGACAAAGCCACAUGAAUGGUACAGUUAUGCUAGAUUAGACCGUCGAAAGAUUGUUUUCCAUGGUGGUCCCACAAAUUCUGGAAAGACAUAUUCGGCACUGCAAAGAUUAAAAGAAGCGAAACAAGGUCUCUACCUUGGUCCACUCCGAUUGCUGGCAGCAGAGAUCUAUGAGACCCUCACCGAAGACGGCAUUUACACCAACCUCUUUACAGGUCAAGAGCGACGGGACAUUCCCUUCGCGACACACGCCAGCGCGACAGUCGAGAUGUGUAGCACUGAAGACGAAUAUGACGUGGUUGUCUUAGAUGAAAUUCAAAUGAUUGCUGAUGAUUCCCGUGGUGCGGCAUGGACAAAAGCUCUCAUGGGACUGCGGAGCAAGGAGAUCCACGUCUGUGGCGGUUGGGAGGCAAAGGACAUUGUCCAAAAGAUUGCCAAAGCAUGUGGUGAUGAGUUUGAAGUCCACAAGUACGAGCGUUUUAGCAAGCUAGACGUCGGUGACCAAAGUCUAGCUGUCGACCCGACCAAAGAAGGUGCUUACAAGAAUGUCUGCGCUGGAGACUGUGUUGUUGCCUUUAGCCGCAACGAUAUUUUCGCAAUCAAACGUGAAAUUGAAACUACGACAAACUAUAAAUGCUGUGUAAUCUAUGGCAAGCUACCACCCCAGACUCGAGCAGAUCAGGCUCGACUCUUCAAUGACCCGGACUCAGGUUACGAUAUUCUCGUGGCUUCCGAUGCUAUAGGAAUGGGGCUGAACCUAAACAUUCGAAGAAUCGUUUUCAAUUCAAUCUUCAAAUUCAAUGGCGAAGAAGUAAUCCGAUUGAGCCACUCGGAUAUUAAGCAAAUCAGUGGCAGAGCCGGUCGACGCAACUCGCCUUAUCCCAAUGGUGAGGUGUCAUGUCGUGACCCACGGGAUCUGCAAUACAUCAGGCGCUGUAUGUUGACAGAAAUUGAACCGAUUGAAAAGGCUGGGUUACUUCCGACAACUGCUCACAUUGAGUUGUUUUCAGAGGCUUUGGGAGCUUACAACCUCGAUGACGACGAUAGCGCGCUGCACAACGUACUUCGUCAAUUUUCAGCCAUGGCAACUGUCCGCGGUGACUUUUUCCUUUGUCGCCAAACCGAGAUGAAGACCAUUGCGAAACGAUUAAAGGAUAUCCCACUACUACUCACGGACAAAUACACUUUGUGCCUCAGUCCGACCAAUGAAAAUUCAAUGAAGAUCUUGGAGAACUUCGCAACAAAGUACGCUCAAGGCCAAGUGUCUGGAUUGCCAUCUCGAUCAGUCCCAAAGAAGGCAAAGAGCUUCGAUGAUCUGAGCUAUCUAUGUGGGUUAUAUGCAGACGCUGAUUUAUUUCUUUGGCUCCAGAUGAAAUUUCCACCUUCUAACGCUGUCGAAGCGCAAACUGCACUUGGACGAAAAGAGAAAACGUUGGAAUUUAUCAAUGAAGCGCUAGCGAACACAGAACGACUCAAACUGAAGCACUCUUAUGUUCGCCAAGCCACACGACAUAGAGCUGCCUGGGAGGCUGAGAAUAGUGACGACGGUACUGGUUUUGAUAACGACGACUCUGUUGAAGAUAUAGUGUAUUCUCAGCGCGAAGAUGAUUCGGUGUACAUGUAG